UUUUUAUCGACGGUUGGAAGGAAGUGAACUGUGUUUGUGGCGCGCUGCAUGAUGGGAAAAGUUUGUACUUGACUAGGAAAAUAAAGGGGAAGGAAAAUAUUUGAUCGCCAUUUGGCAGAAGUGACGACCAAUAAAUGUGAAACCGUGUUGGAAAUGAUUGAUCGUUUCGAAGAAGAUAUGGGCGGCAAGAAACUGUCCAAAGUUAUGCAUUAUAAUGUGAUUAGUGUGGAUUGUUUUGGAUAAAUAGGGGCGAAACGGGGAAGAAAUUCAUCUAAAGUGAAAUAAUGUAUCAAUGAAAAUGCUAAAUGUGUAUGGAUGCAUGGAUAAACAAUGUGCAUUAUUUGUUUCCUAAUUGCUUGAAGAAAAUUAUUAACUAUAUCUGUUAGAACGUUGUGCUGAAGAACAUAGCAUUUUCUGUUCAAGCAACAAUUCAUAAGUCGCCUAGUUACGGAACACACAAAUAGUCUAUGCAGAAUGAUUGUCCGGCGAACAUUUCGAGUUUUACGACUUCAAACACCCAGCGAACCCUGCCAGCGCUAUGCGGGGGAGUGAAUGCCAGUUGGGGUGCGUUUAUUUUCUGCGGUAUAGAGGAAAUAAUAAGCAAUGACAAAAAACAGAUUCCAUCCAUCAAAUCAAUCUGCGAUGGGCGAAAUGGUUGCCACCGGAAAACAACGAGUCUGGAAAGCAGUACCUAAUUGUCAUACGAAACUCUUCCGUAGAACGAUUCGAAGCCGUGCUCACCGUACUCAACUUGUGCAAAAGCGAUCCAAUGGUGAACAGUUCUGGAAUGCAGAAGACUGCGACAACGUGAAUCAAAUCAUUCCACCCGAACAACAUGAAACGGACAAAAUCGUCGACAUUGCAAAUGGAAUCCAAUUUGUGUACCAAUGUUCGCCGGAAGGCAGACAUUUCUUGCACCGAUGAUAAAGUUUGCUAAUAGUUCUACUUGAAUACGCUUUGAUCCAACACCGAUGAAAAAAUAGUGAACAAAAUAAUAAACAGAACAUAAUCUCCCGAAAGAAGAAACAACCAAAGUGAAGUGGAACAUAAGAUUACAUGGAGUUGUGUUUUACGUUUGUACCUUAAAAGCAUCUACUCAAGUGUACAUCAACUGCAACUACUUCUAAACGUUUCAACCGUGCAACCCUUGAAACUCGUAAGUUGGCGGCAGCACCUCUUGGCGUUAUCCUGUUUUCUCGCCACUCGACGGCGUGCCCCAGUCCUCGCGUUGCUGCACACUACUUGGAAAGGUACUCGAGCAGCCAGUAGUAGUGGGAACAGGAACCAUCGUAAAAGAGCGGACCCGACCAUUAAAACCACAACACGAAACAGCCAUGAAGUCGGCAAUUCUCUACCCUUACGGGCCACUUCGAGCAAAUGGAUGCUGUCGAAUGCUGCACGCGAAACAUUUAGCACUGACGAGUGCCAUUUACACUCUGAAUAUCUCCAUCCUGGUGGUGCUGCUCUACUCGUGGCGAAUCAGUGUCAACGUAAAAAAGUACAGCGAUCUGGAGGACGUCUACUAUGGUGUCCAGAUUGCUUACUUUGCCAUCAUCGGAACGCAGUGCUCGAUGGUUCUGCUCAGCAUUGUAUUGAUAUUUGGAAUCUAUAAGGAAAACAUUGGUCUCGUGGUGCCGUGGAUAAUCGGAUUCAUCACCUUCAUGGCGCUGGAAGCCGUGGCAAUGGUAUACUCCAACGUGCUGCGGGAUCAUGUAAAUAGGCAAUUCGAUUCCCUGUGCAAAGCUGAAGUGGCCUUUUUCAUAUCACGAGCAUUCAUCAACGCCCUGGCAAUGUGGGCCGUCACACGCUUCUAUAAUCUGCUGCGGGCGGGUGUCACCUGGAAGGGGCCGGAAGUGAUCGAACUAUGACACAACUCGAACGACACGGAGAAAACGCUGGCGUCUCUCCGUGACGAAACCCACCUGAUUGUGCGCAUCCGUGAUACCGAGAACGAAUGCGGCGGCCGGUACAGCUCCAGCGACGAGGACGACGAUAACCGCAACGGUGGCGACGGCGACGACGACGGGAGGAUACCGAUGACAAUAUGAUUGAUGCCUCGGGCCAUGGUGGACGGGGGAGACCCAGCCGGGGACGAUCACGGCCGCAACUAUUUCGAGACGGUGGUGUCGGUUCCGACGACGGAGACAAGAGCCCCGGAAGUGGGAGCGAUGAGGACGACUCGCUCCUCGUGGCGUACGAUAGCAAUUCCGUGGCAUCCGUUUGACAAUAUCGAAAGCUGGUGCGGAUGCUGACGGAGUUCCAGCGGCAGGCGGACAGUGCUGUGUUGUUGUUUUUAAUUAUAUUUUGUAUUGAGGUAUAUGCGCAGAUUUUUAUAUUUUUCUAGACGAUGGCCAGAAUUGAUGAAUUUCUGGCAAGGCAAAGAUGUAAAGUAAUUCCAUCAAAGAUAAGGAAAAACACCCAGAACCGUACUCGACAAAUUUACAAUUUGGUUUGAAAUUUGCACAAAACAAAACAUGAAAUCAACAACGGCAUACAUGAAAUUCUUUUCUCUUUGAAUCAGUUCCAACCUUAUCCGAUUCCAGACUUCACUUAUAUAAAAUCGUUCUUAUGCCCUUCUCACAAAAGAGGCAGCGUUUUGACGUGACCUACGCAUCUACCUAAUUCAGUAUUAAACAUUCGUUUACUAUCAGCUGCCCAUGAUCGCAUAUUUGUAACACUCGCAUUUUAGUUUAUUCUGUAAAACGCCUGUAAAUCGUUCAGAAAGCCUAAUUUACUGCAUCUAAUCCCACAACAGUAAAAUAGGCUUUACUAUCUUGCUUAUCUGUGGUAAGCUGGAAAUGAUUGAGUUUGUAGGGAGGAUUAACAAACGAUUUACAAAAUCAUUUUUUUAGUAGUCCCGGAAAAACGAACUAGUCAUUAAUGUGGAUAAAUGUUUAGUCAGCAAGUUUCAUUAGUGGGAGGUACUGUUGUGUUAUGCAUCUAAAAGUUAACACUAAAUCAACAAUUUGACGCCACAAUAGACUAACGCAAAAUGAACUCCCCCAAGAAAUUAUGACGUUUGAGCGGGUCGCAUAAUGAACGCAAAAUGAACUUUUGUUCGAGAAGACGACCCGCUCAAAUGUCAAAAUCCAUCGGGUGAGUGAAUUUAAUGAACCGCUGCACAGGUCUAUUUACGGCUCGAUGCCACAUUUCUCCAUCCUCGAACGCGCCCCACGCUCGCCAAGUCGUUCUGUACAUUUCUCCAUCCUCGAACGCGCCCCACGCUCGCCAAGUCGUUCUGUACCACCUCGCUCGCUGCGCACCAUCCCGUCUCAUACCUGUCGGAUCGGAAUAUUUGUAGGGAUGCUUUCCGGCAUUCUUGCAACAUGCACUGCCCAUCGUACCCUUCCGGCUUUACCUACCUUCUGGAUACUGGGUUCGCCGUAGAGCUGAGCGAGCUCGUGGUUCAUUCUUCGCCGCCACACACCGUCUUCUUGCACACCGCUAAAGAUGGGCCUAAGCACCCGUCUAUCGAAUACUCCGAGUUCUUUCAAGUCUUCCUUGAGCAUGGUUCAAGUUCCAUGUCAUUGCUGCAUGCAUUGCUUAUCACAAUGUUAUUGAUUGAACUGAUUUGUUUCUUUUCCAAAUAAAACUGUUAACAGUAAAACUGUUGCUUGAAAAGCUUCGCAAUGUUUAAACAAAUCAGCAACCGCGAUAUAUUUUCUUGGUUUUUAUAUGUUCCACCGAUUGCGCACUACAUAAAAUUUGAGGUCAAAAUAUGUAUAUCAAGAUUAAAAAAAAACAGUGCAAAGUUCAACCCAAAUAAAAAAUAGUCGAGUUUGUUCCUUCACUAAUAGGGCAUGGAAUUAAGAAGAUCUUUGUAUAUAGCUGCCAACAUAGGUGUGAAUGUUAGCGAACGUAAGCACGAAUGAGACGUCGGUCGUAUGAUAUGGCGACAAGAAAAAACAAAAAAACACAAAAGAACCAUAUUUACUUAUAGGCUAGGAUACACACAAACCGGUAGCUCUUUAUUUAGAGCAACCUCCUAGUUACCAUCUAAUUCAUGAGCACAUGCAGCAUAGCAUUAUAUACACAGUAUAUGUAUAUACCUAGAGUAGAACAGAGAAAUAAAAAAUGGAAGAAUAAACGAAACAAUCAAAA